AAACUAGAAAAAUGUAUCGAAGUUCGGAUAAAACACUAACAGAGUCGUGUUUUUGAGUCAAGAGUAAAACAUAGGACUCUCUCUCUCUCUCUCGCAAUUUAUUCUCUGGUCGACGAUGAUGCCCAGGCUACGACUGUAUCCAUGUCUGCUCCUAACUGUAUGGUUCUUGUGUAUCCUCUGUUCAGUUCAUGUGGUUAGAGCUCAAAAUCGUACUGGGGCCUCUACUCAUCCCGACGAAGCGCGUGCAUUGAACUCCAUCUUCGCGACAUGGAAGAUUCGUGCGCCUAGAGAAUGGAACAUCAGCGGCGAGCUUUGCUCCGGCGCCGCCAUAGACGACGGUGUCACCAUCGACAGCCGUGCAUAUAGCCCUCUAAUAAAAUGCGAUUGUAAUUUCGUCAACUCCACAAUCUGCCGCAUCACAGCACUGAAGGUUUAUGCUAUAGAUGUUGUAGGAACUAUACCUGAAGAGCUCUGGACUUUGCAUUACCUCACGAAUCUGAACUUGGGUCAAAAUUUUCUGACAGGACCCUUAUCUCCUGCAAUUGGAAACCUGACUCGGAUGGAAUGGCUGACUUUUGGGAUCAAUGCGUUGUCUGGCCCUAUUCCUAAGGAAAUCGGUUUGCUUAGAGAGUUGAAAUCGCUUGCUGUCAGUUCAAAUAACUUCUCUGGUUCCAUCCCAGCUGAGAUUGGGAGUUGUACAAAACUACAACAAAUCUAUAUAGAUAGUUCUGGACUUAGCGGGGAAAUACCCUUAUCAUUUGCUAAUCUUGUGGAGCUGCAAGUCGUUUGGAUGAUGGAUCUGGAAGUUACAGGUCGGAUACCAGACUUUAUAGGAAACUGGACCAAACUUGUUUCCUUGAGAAUUCUCGGAACUGGUUUGAGUGGUCCGAUACCGUCGUCAUUUUCUAACUUAUCUUCUUUGACAGAACUGAGGUUAGGUGAUAUAUCCAAUGGAAGCUCUUCUCUUGAAUUCAUCAAAAACAUGAAAUCUCUAAGUAUAUUAGUAUUGAGGAACAGCAAUCUCGAAGGGACAAUACCCUCUAAUAUUGGAGAAUACUCAAGUUUGCUACAAGUCGAUUUAAGCUUCAACAAACUACAUGGACCAAUACCGGCUUCACUUUUCAACUUAAGUCGACUUAGUCACUUGUUUCUAGGAAACAACAAGUUGAAUGUUUUCUUGCCCACUCAAAAGAGUCAGUCGUUGAGAAAUAUAGAUGUGUCCUACAAUAAUUUGUCUGGAACUCUUCCUUCAUGGGUCAGCUUACCGAACUUGAAACUCAACCUAGUUGCUAACAACUUCACAUUGAAAGGUCUUGACAAGAGAGUUUUACCAGGACUAAAAUGCAUGCAAAAGAACUUCCCCUGCAAUAGGGGCAAAGGAAUCUGUAAGUGUAACGAACAGAUAUCUUCACAACCGUUGUUCUUUAUGUGCAUUAACUAUUAUAAAAACAAAUUGUUUAUUAUUUCUCUAGAUUCUGACUUUUCGAUCAACUGCGGAGGGCCAGAGAUAAGAUCUGUUAGCGGAGCACUAUUUGAGAAGGAGGACGAGGAUCUUGGGCCAGCUUCCUUCUUCGUGAGUGCUUCUCAGAGAUGGGCAGCCAGUAGCGUAGGACUUUUUGCCGGAAGCAGCAAUAAUAUAUACAUAGCGACUUCACAAUCACAGUUCGUCAACACUUUGGACUCGGAGCUUUUUCAGUCAGCAAGACUCUCUGCAUCUUCCCUAAGGUAUUACGGGUUGGGACUAGAAAAUGGAGUCUAUACAGUGACAAUUCAGUUUGCUGAGAUACAAAUGAUAGGUUCCAACACUUGGAGAGGUGUUGCAAGAAGAAGAUUUGACAUUUAUGUCCAGGGAAGACUUGUUGAAAAGGAUUUCGAUGUACGGGGAACAGCUGGUGGCUCUAAUCUUAGAGCUGUUCAGAGAGAAUAUAAAGCAAAUGUAUCAGAAAAUUACCUCGAAGUUCAUCUUUUCUGGGCUGGAAAAGGGACAUGUUGUAUUCCGAUUCAGGGGGCUUAUGGGCCAUUAGUAUCAGCCGUUAGUGCAACACCAGAUUUUACACCAACUGUGGUUAAUAUACCGCCAUCAAAGGGAAAGAACAGGACUGGUACUAUUGUUAGUGUCUGAUACUCUUUUACUAAGGCGAAGACUGGUGUCAGAGGCUUUGCCGUUGAUAUCUCAUCUUCUAAUAUACACAAUCAUAGUGUUGUUCGUCGGGUUUAUGCAUUUUCUGUUGAACCUUUGGGUUGUUGAGCUGGUGUUCAUCUGUAGCUCGUUGUAGUCGGAUCAUUGGUGUUGUUUUUUUAAUACAAAUUAAUAUGAGUAUAUCCUUUCUUGGC